UCGCAUAUUGUUAGCACUUAUUUACUUUAGUGAUAAUAAAUACUUUAUGUGGAAACCUUUUUUGACAACACGAUUUUUCUUAUAGACUGGCCAAAAGAAUAAAACCAUCUGUCUAUUGAGUAGAGGACGUGAUGGUUUUGUAUAUUCGCAAAAAUGUGUUUCGUCUACACAAAGACGAGAAUUUUAGCAAUAAAAGCUAAAUAAAAGCCAUAACAAUGGCUUUUUUCGCCCUUCUAUGGAAGGCGCGAACUAUAGAAAAAUACCGAAUCAAUUAUGAAAAAGAGAAGAUCAAUUCGAUUGCUAUGGGUAACACGCAAAUGGAACAAACUUUAACCCAGAGAUGGCGUCACUAUCGCACUGAUACGCAGAAAAAGAUAUCAAGAACUUUUAGGAGAUGGUACCCAGAAGGCAGUGGGGUUUCGAAUUUCUUUUACUAUCUGACAACCGACCAGACGUUUCCUAACUUUCUUUUUAAAAGUGUGAUGGGAUUUGUCGGCGGCAUAAUACUGACGUAUCUUUGCUUCAUGUUUUUUGUGUUCCAGCUUUCUAUAUCUUUGAUACAUGCUACCAUAAUGAGCUCUAUAAUAGGAGUGCUCCUGACGUUGGGCCUCGCUUUCAGCUAUAGAAUCAGGUGCCUAGUCUUUCUCCUGAUGCCUCAGUUCUUCUCCCGCGUCGGGAGGUACACGUUGACCUGCUAUGCCCUGGUGCUGAUCCUGACUGGACCAGCUACCAACACGCUGAAGAACUCCGAAGUGCUGUCCGAGUCCAUGGCUUGUAGUCAGGAACACAUUAAGCUCUCCGUCCACCAACUGAACGACUUCAUAAAGAAGCCGUACAACUCCAUGCGGGACUCCGUCAAGCUGAUGAUGGACAAGUUCAACGCCAUCACGCUCAAGGUCAAGGAAAUGCUCGUCAAGUUCGAUAGGCUGGUGUUGAGCUUAGUAAGCGUCAUCCAAUCCUCAUUCAGUUGGCUCCAAUCCGUAGCUGACAUUUGCAACGCGAAGCUAGGAACGCCGUACGACCGUUGUACUAACGUGCUUCAAGACGGUAUCUCUGACUGCAAGAAGACGUUGGGUCCUGAGAUUUCUAUCAUCUGUAACGUGGCUUUCGUGGCCCAAGCAGCUUGCUACUCCGUCAAACCCUUCAAGGCAUUCUGCUAUGCUACCGACUUUAUGGACGAAGCUAUUACGGCUAGUGUUAAAAAAAAAAUAAAGAACUUCACGGAACAACUCCGCUCCCUCUUCUACGUGGAGGUCCAGAUCCACCAGUCCUACACGUACAGCUCCAACACGAGCCGGUCCGCGAGCCAGGUGGCCGCCGGCAUCGUCACCGAGAUCAGGAACAGAGCUGAUCCGCUACUGACGUGGCUUUCUUGGAGCUCCUGCGUCACUAGCCUGUUCCUACUGUUGAUUAUAUUCAGAGCUAAAUACUACCAACACAUGUAUGAAACUAGAUCUCGUUUCGAUAACCGUUACAUAACAAAAGACUUACAAGAUCUGGACCUAAAGAGGCAACGCCAAGGAAGAGAGACUGUGUUGCCUCUGAACAGGAGAGAACGAGCCAAGUAUAUAACGACAACAUCGUUUCGUCUCGUGGCAUCUGAGAAAGUCUACCUGAAUCGUUCAGCGGUAUUCAUGGCGGUCACCACAUUCAAGUUGUUGAUACACAUGGUGGCUGACUACAGCCUGUAUUGGGUGCUCAUGACUAUACGGUACCAUGGGAGUUACCAGUCGGAGCUGAUGCCCGGUCUACCUCACUCAGGCGUGCAUGUAUCUGGGUCAGGAUUCGUAGCGAGACUGUUUCGGUCCAUUGUUGGAACGCUGGAUAUUCCUCUGAUGGCUCCCGUGCCAUCAUCCAUACCUUGCUUGCCAGACCCGUAUCCUCCUGAUUUUAGAAGAUACACUCAGAUUGGGGUACUUAUCUUCCUUCUGUGGUUCUUUGCUCUAUUCGAGCCAUAUGGUCUCCGCUUACGUCACCUGAUCAUGGGUCACUACCGUCCUGAGCGGGCCAAAGCCAGAGCUACUUGGUUGUAUAACCAUAUUUUGAGAACUAGAGCUGGUUUCAUGAAAUUCGCAAGAAGGAAGCUGCAUAAGGAGUACAAAUAUUCUUCAGAUGCAUCGCUUACCUUCCGUCAAUGGCUCAGCGAUCAUAUUCCUUUUCAGUGCGUCAAGUGUAUUCUCGGAUUAGGACCUAAAGAGCCGCAUUGCCUAUUAUGUGGGGCCACCGGCGGAUAUCGCGAUCCUGAUUCUGAGCUAAUAAGAUGUCAUACACCAGAUUGCCCCGGCAUCUACUGCCUCAGUUGCUUCGCAGACAUCGGUCAGCUCUGCACCAUCUGUCUCUCGCCCGCCGACUAUGGAGACUUUAGUGACGUCAGCUUGGAAAAAGGAUCCUCAGAUGACAGUGACAGCGAUAGUGAAGGACAAGCAGCAUAUAAAGUUACUGAGGAAAAUGUCAGUCUACUAGGGCACCAUACAAGCGGUCGAUUAACAACGCAAAGUGGCAGUAAUCAUAGGUGGAGAUUCUUCACCAGAACUGGUCCAUUACAACAAGAUAAUACACUAGCUCUAUUACCUCAUACUCAAAAAGAAAAAGACUUCUUCACUUCAUACUUCCAAACGAGACUCCGAAAAAUCAGACAAAACAUCAGAGCUAGAAACUGGGAUAACAAGUAUACCCACGAUUGGGUAGAAAAACUUAGUUCAGAAAACGUUUACGACUUUGCCGCAGACAAUAUAUUUUUGAUUGGACAAAACAAAUUGGAUGAUUUUGAAGAAAAAGUUAUCAGAACAAAGUCAAUAGGAAUCAACACUGAUAAACAUCGUUGUACUAUUGUCAACUAUUUAUUUAACAGAUUUUCUCGACGCAAGCUUAAGCGGCCUGCUGGAAGGAAACAGAAAAAGAAAGAAAAACUACGAAAGAGAUUAAAACUCGGUCCACCAAAUAGAAGCAAUAAAAAUAAUUAUAAUUCUGAAAACGAUUUUAGUAUGGAAAGCCGUCGUAUUGUACAAUAUAACGGAAUGGGACCGAAUAGAAGGUUUUCGGCGGCAACCAGAAGUCUUCACACUCACAACCUAUCAAUCUGUCAAAGAAAUCUCAAAAAAGUAAUGCGAAGAAAAAUUGACCGCAAAACCAAUAAAAGAAUCAAAGUAUUCAAACAAGUCAAUGGCAUGGUGACAGCUAUCAGGAACUUCAUUAAAGGCAACGGCGGAAUACACUUCAGAAAAGAAAUUGAUAGUACAGAACAAAAUAAUACUCCUGUUGAAAAUAAAGAAGAAAUCACAAAACCAACCGACAAUAGUAAUGAUAAAAACGAAAAUAAAAGCGAAAAGGAAAUUUCCAAACCGAAUAAAUUUAAGAAACCCGGUAAAAUCAAAGGGCCGAAUGCACUCAAACCCAAAACUCCUCGACACAAGAUAACCGACUUUCAAACUUUCGUUACGAAGCAAUGGAACAAUAUAAAAUACAGUAUGAUACCCUGUACGACGCCUAACACUAGAGCUACUACACCAAUGAUGAAGGAAAAGCGAAAUCACAAACGAAGGAAGAAAAGGAAAUGUGUCGUUGAUUAUACAGAAACAGCUGUCGAAGAAUGCUUUGCAAAGAAAGAUAUAAAACAUACGAGGAAUUUGAGGAUUUCAGCUUUUCUAGCCGAAUUAGAAUGGACUAAAAAAGAUUUCAAGAAAGAUAAAAAUGACCUCAAUGAUUCAUUUUUCUGUAACGAUGGAAUGGCUGCUAUGCCGGCUAUUACAACGAAUAAAAUAGUAGGUAUGGUACAGUUGAAGAAUCUGCCGUUUCAAUGGCGUGAGGCGCCGCACAAGUACGAAAUGUGUAAAUGCAAAGAUAAAAAUUGUAAUUGUGAAAAGCGACUUUCUAUACUUGGUAAUCUAUCUAAACGAGUUACAGAAAAGAUGUACGCAAAGAAGGCGCUUGAGAGGUUCCGUAAUAAGAUAGACACAGUUGAGGAAUCGCCUCCAACGAGUUUGGUCAAGAAAAUGAUAAGUACGCUUAAUGCUGAUGCUGACCGAACUAUCAUGAAUCUUGAUAGUUCCAUUUGUCUAUCAAAACGGGCGAGCUUCUAUCGUACAUUUACCAAAGAAUUGGCUGAAAGUUCCGACAUCAUAGAUACAGAUACAUUGUUCAAAAACGACCAUUUCGAAGAUGAUAUUCCCCUCAAUUUGUUACUAUCAGACGAUGAAGAUGGUGACGGUGACAACAAGGAUAAGGACCAAUUACACAUUUCUACUCCAAAGGAAUCGUUGAGCCACGCUCUUAUGGUCGUUUCUCAUAGUUCAAGCAAGAAAGAUAAACCCAUAGUCACAAAACGCUGUAGAUGUGACUUGUAUGAGGACUUGCAGAGGAGGUGGACCAACGUCAGGAAUUUAAAUUUCAGAACUCUGUCGGAAAAGGGGCCGAAAAUGCCAAUUGCAGCAUCCAAAUUCAAAACUCCAUUUAGCCUUUUGAGAGAUUUCUGUUCGUCACUGUUUGGCCCUUCGUGCACUGUUGACACGUGCCCAAAUAGAAAGAAAAGGAAAGAAAGGGAAAAACUUGAGAAAGCUAGACAGAAAGCAAUUAAAAAAUGUAGAAAGAGAGUACAGCAAACACAAACUUGUAUUAGGGCAAAAGCAAGGAAAGAACAAACGGCCUGUCAGACGUGCCCUCAGAAAGACACACAGACGCAACUGUCGAGUGGGGCUGAGCUGCAGAGGUGCAUAGAAAUAGAAGCUGAGAGGGCGAGACAAAUCGAAAGAGAGAAGAGGUACGAACAAGAAAAAAAGAAAGGGUUGACAUUAAAAACUGUAGAGAGGAAACCAAAAGUAGACAAAAUUGGAAAACUUCCGUCAGACAUCGUGAUUUGUGAUAAAGAGAGGCGGAAAUUAAUGGAAUGUGAGGCGAAACAGAGAAGACUUAUGGAAGGUCCAAGUUGCAUUACUCAGAAGGAACAAGACCUAAUGAAUAUUAAAGGCAGCGAUAUGAGCUGCAAAUCAAGAAUUUUGGGAUUUUUGAAACCAAGACCUUCCUCUCCAAAAAACAAUGUGGGUGUCCUUGUUGGUCCAGAAACGGCAAGUGGCGCCUGCCAGGCCGAAGACUGCCCCAACUUUUGUCAUCGCUCGAUGCAAUACGACAAACCUAGCGUACCACUUGUUGAACAGGGUAAAGAACCCGGCUCCGUAAAGUGUCUGUGCGAUGUGACAGUGGGUUCUGUCCACACCCUCUGCACGUGCGCCACCCAACACAUAUCUAUCAACAGGGUCUCGGUGGGGACCAAACCAUCGCCGACUCUAACGGAGGAAUUUCUAGCGGCGCCACAGCAGCCGCGACCGCCUUGCGUCAACAAGAAGAUACAAUACAGCCCGAAGCAACCGAUGGCACAUAAAUCCACUUCUUACGAAGAAGUAGUCGCAAAAAAGCCAAAAGAUGCUAUUAAGCCGGCUGUUACAAUCCAACAACAGCAAGUACAACCGAGGCUAUCUCUUGAGAGUAGCAUGUGUUUGCUCGACAAUAAAAAGUUUGCUGAAGUAAUACUCAGCGAAUGCCUCCCCCGUUCCAGCCCCGAUGUCGAUGCUUCACCUAUAAAUAAUGUAAGAAAACCUAACAACCAUAAUCUCCCUGGAGAGUUGACAUCGUUUGGGAAUCCCUCAGAAGCACACGGUGAUGCAACACUAACCACGUGUGAACCGCUCCCUGACUUACUCACCGACACAGUAACCGAUACAUCCAUCAGCUCAAUAUCACUCACCGACGAGACCAAGACCGACACUACCAUCUGCAGCCUGGCAACAGUUGACGACAUACCGCGAAGAAGGAAGUUCAGAGUCAAAGUUGUCACGAAAACCAACCAAGCGACCAUCACCGAUAAGACGAGACUCUGCGAUACUGGAACCAUUACCAACGAUUGGUGGAGUCCCAUCGUCGAAAGACGAGCAAACGACACGAUUCUUCUGGAGAAGAAGAAAGGGUACAACGCUAUAGAGAGGCAGAAGAGAGAGCUGAAAGAACUGAAGGAGUGGAAGGAGUUGAGGGAAGUCAGGAAGAGAAGGAGAAACUGUGGGGUGACGACUGAUGGUAGGAUUGUAACGUUUAGGAGCAGGACGCAGAUUAUACCGACUGGUCUCUUCUCGGGCACGAAUGACAUCCUGUCACCGUCAAGAUAUCUUCUCGAGUCCCAGAAGUACUACAACGAGUUGUUCUCCUACAACUUCCGGCCGCCGCCUCAGAUGGAGUACAGUUGCGUUACUCAGGGAUCGAAACAUCCGGAGAAGGAGAAGAUCAGGUCACCUGUGGGAAGUCGUCGAAAUCACCAUCAUAAGACCAAGAGGCUGGAAGAAUGUUACUCCCCUAGAAGACAGUCGAGCCCCAGAAAGCGUCAUGUAAUGGACCCCUACAGAGAUACCAGGAUGUCAGAGUCUCCUCGCCGAAGAUCCAACACGCAUCGGCACACACGGCACAGUUAUGACGACGACAAGUCGCUGUACGCCGCGCGCUGUGUUCUGCGCCGUCUCGCAACACAAGCUAACUUUAAGAUGUGGUGAUAGGGCUCCAGACCUUAUAGGGAUUGAGAAGUUGAGUAGAAACUAGUUUUAUCUUGAAUUGAGGAACGAAAAUGAGGCAGAAAUCGUAUCUUGUGAUUCAGAACAGAACAUAAAAAAAACGAAGGCCUUCCUGAUCCAAACUUGCCCAAAUGACUGCUUUUCACGUUAAAUGAAAAAAAGAAUCAACAAAAUCGAAUCCAAUCCGCAGUUCUGACCUCACAAACAUGAGAAAAAAUACUGACUAAUUUAAUUCUCCUCCAUUUAGAAGUCGGUGUAAAAUUACAAAUAACCACAAAUUACAAAUUCUGUGUCAUUAAAAUUAGAAGAAACAAAUUUUUACAGACAUUCAACUCAUAUGCUCACCCCCCAAACCCAUUUAAUAGAAUGGAAUCAUUGUUUUCGGUAAUAGAGAUAUAAUAUAAACAGUUUCUAAAAUAAUGUA